GCGAGUGGAGGGCAGUGGGAGGGAUGCAGUGACAGAGAGGGGAAGGCAAGCAAACAGUUUACAUCAUUAUUCCAGAAAGAUCCACAGCUGGCUUGUCUGGCAGGGGCUGUCAUGUUGGUGUAUUUAAGUGCGCAGGCACAAAAGGCAGCAAGUUUUCUGAGAGGGGACAUAGAGACAAAAUGGACAUCGCCAUUCAGCAUCCCUUGUUUCGCCGCUCCUUCUGGCCAUAUUUCUUUCCCAGUCGGAUCUUUGAUCAGCACUUUGGGGAACCCAUUUCUGAUAGCGACAUGAUUCCCUCACUGUACUACCCAAGACCCUCCUUCCUGCGCUGGCCUAACUGGGUGGACAGUGGCCUUUCUGAGAUGAAAUUGGAAAAGGAUCGUUUCUCAGUAAAUCUGGAUGUAAAUCAGUUCGCACCAGAGGAGCUGUCGGUGAAAAUCAGUGGAGACUUCCUUGAAAUUCAUGCCAAACAUGAGGAUCGUCAGGACGAACAUGGCUUUGUCUCACGGGAGUUUCUUAGAAAAUAUCGUGUUCCAGCUGGUGUGGACCCGACCUCUGUCACCUCCUCCCUGUCUUCUGAUGGGGUUUUAACAGUGACAGCUCCACGCAAGGAAUCAAAGAUCCCAGAGCGCACCAUUCCCAUCACCCGUGAAGACAAGCAUGCCGUGACUGGCCCUCAGAAGAAGUAAAGCUGCUUGACUUCCAUGUUACAAUUUUGUGUUCCUUGUCUUUCUCAGCUGUAUGUUCAACUGUGCUCCUGCUACAUUUAUCCUUUACUGAUCAAUCUGACCAGGAUAGAGGGGAAUAACUUAAUAUACCCCCUUGUUAUUGACAUGCCAAUCAAUAAAGUUGUUUUUGCUACAGAAGCUUAGGAAGAAUUGGCUAUUAGAUCAAAACUACAUCAACUGAGAAAAUAGAAUCAAGCUGUAAAUGCAACUUCUCCAUCAGUGGUUCUCAACUUCGUGACCAAAAAAUGGAUUUCAGGCAGGGCCUUUUCUAGCUAUAAGCGGUUUAAGUGGUCACUUAUGGCCCCCGAGCCACCAGGGCCUCCGAGUAGGAUUUUGCUUAGGGCCCCCAUAUGCUCAGAAAUGACCCUGAUUUCAGGUUUAUUCUGACUGGGUUGCAGAAAGCAGGGAAAAAUCAAUGCUAAAUGCUACUAAUAAAAUACAACUAACCAUAUAAUUGUACAUAAUUAUAAUAGCAAAUAGUAAAUAGGCUUAUUCACUUUUAAAAGGGCGUUGUUGAUAUCAAAGGCUGUGUGUCCAGUCAAACUCCACUGUAUUUUAGUGCACAUUCGCCUUUCAUUUGGUCAGAAGCGUGCCAGAUGCCAACAUGGACAGGUUGCGUGACAUGCCCUCAUCCUUGAAAAACCAUGACCAAAAAAUACAACCCAGACAACAUUAAAUGUGGGUUCAGUGAGGAUAAACAUGGUUUGUAUUGACCACAGUGUGUUUUGUGCAGUGACUUAUUGGAUGCUGAGUGCAUUAAACCAUCGAAAUUAAAGAGACAUUUAAAAACCAAACACCAGUUGUUUUUACUUUUGUACAAUAAGCAAUUUUUGGUUCUGUGUUGGGUCGCCAUUUGACGUCCAAUGUAAAAUCUGCAUAGAUCCUGAAACUAAACAAGUUGCGAACCACUGUUGUAAAUGAAAUACACAGUCACAAUAAAGUAUUGUCGCUGCUGGUGAGACUAGGACAGGACUCUCUGCUACCAGACAAAGGGGCUCUUUUAUAUUUUGCAACCAGUCUAUGCCAGUGGCUGCAUGACAAAGUAUUUGAGGUUUUGAGUGUAGGAGUGUAGGAUUUUUACAUGUCAUUUAUUGAGAACAAAGAUACAAUGGCUCAAACCAUCGUGUUACAUUUUUGGAUCAUGUGCCAAAAAAAAUUGAAAAGAAAAAACUGCCAUAUUCCCUCAUAAUUAAUGUUCAUUGGUUGAUUCCCUGCAUACUUGCAUUAUCAUAUAUCCAAAUGAGCUCAAUAGAGAAAUAUUGGCUGUUUAUUCUAUACAUUGCUGAUGACUUUGUGGUUGGAAAAGAACAUGCAGUUUAUUUUUUUUGUUUAUUGAUGGAUUUGGGACAUAUUCUUAAAAAAAAAAAAGAAAAAAAAAAGACCUUUCUCUAUUAAUUACGUAUUGGGCUGAUUUGUGGGUAUUAAGGCCAUUUAUGAUUGGUUGUCUGUUGCUAAACAACUCGCCAUAACAUUCGAGUAGGCUACUGCAGUGCAAUUCAGGGUUGCUAACCCCCUUGUGAACCCUAAGUGUGAAAUGUUGGCUAACCCAGAGAGUUAAAAUAAGUGUAAAGCCAUUUGGCUUCUGGUUAAAUGUAAAGGUAAAGGUGCCAAGAGGUGCCAAGAACAGGUGCUAUACAAUAAAGAGAGUCCUGUGAACAUGAAGAAUGAGGUCAUAAGCAACUGAAAGAGUUCAUUAAGGUUUUGAAAGUAUGGUGGCAUGCACUAUGUCUAUGCACUAGAUCAGAGGUACACAACAGGUGGGACUCUUGUUGUGAGAUUUCCCAAAUAAUAUAUGAGCUUGCAGUCAUAGCGCAUUUGAAUGUUAUUCUCCAAGCACUGAAUUAACUUAUUAAUGUCAAUAAAUAAUAAUUAAUAAAUUCUGUGGCCAUUCAAAACCAGUGUGACCUGGCUUUUUUUUUUAUUUCAAAUUCAAAAUAAAAUGUUUCAUUUUCAAC